AUGGGAAAUGUGGUGAAGCUGCUAGUGCUCGCGCUACUGUGUGUGCGCCCCGGUAACUGUGGGUCGAUAGACCAUCUCGACAUUACAACCGUCCUGUUAAGUGUGUCUGGGCCCAUGAACCAGCGGUUCUUUGCCCAGGUGAUGGACAAUAAAACGAACAUGCACGUAUGGCACAGCGACUCCAGACGGCUGGUAGUGACCUCGGAUAAUCCGCUGGAAACGCUAUCUAUCCUGGAAGCGCCCAAAUUGGAAAAGCUUGUGCUACACCCGAACACGCAACUGCAACAGCUCAUUGUGGGGCACUGUCCCCUGAACCGGUUGACAAAAUCACUGUACAACUUGAGAGCGCUGAGCGUUCUGAAAUUUGUGAUCUGCCGGUUUAACGGCACGUUCAAUCUGGCCGAGUUGCUACCGUUUCGCAAUCUCACCACAUUCAGCUUGGAAGCUAAUCAGCUAACGGAAGUUACACUGCAGCCAGGCGAAUCUAGCACGGCAACGGAACCGAAGGCCGCACUUAGAAUGCUCGAUUUGAGCUCCAACCUAUUCGAACACUUCAAUCUGAGCGUGUUACAAGCAUUUCCCCUGCUAAAGGUCCUGCGUCUGCCAAGAAACAAGUUAGUCACGCUGGGAGGCAGCGUUUUUCUUCAGGCAUUGGAACUGCUUGAUGUACAGCUGAACGUGCUCAUCGAACUGGACCUUUCGGGAUGCGACUGUAGUUCGCUGCUGUACGUGUACGCAUCGGACAACAAAUUGAGCACUUUCCCAGCGUUUGGUGAAGCCAUUACCAGCAUACAGGUGCUCAAUCUGAACGAUAACCAGCUGGCGUCACUCAAUGUGAUCGAAUUGACAAAACAACCGAAUUUAACAACGCUAAUGUUGUCCACCAACGCGCUCAAAAGCUUCAGCGUUGACGACGGGAGGAACGGUACCGCGAUGGAGUUACCAUCGUUAACAUCGUUGGACCUGCGAAACAAUCGAAUCGAAUCACUCGAUCUGCGUGGGUGGCAGCUACCGUCGCUAGUGAAGCUGCGCGUCUUGAACAACCCGUUGGUAACGAUACCGGACGACUUGCUGGAGCGGUUCCCGCAACUAACCAAGGUGGAUUGCUACUGUCCGAAUGUGGACUGUACGUGGAUACAACGCAACGUGGCACAUAUUCGGGACCGCAAGUUUGAGAUGAGCGUGGCACACCAAGGGCCGACGCAAAUGGACAAGGGUUACCGUUGCGUCACCGUACCAUACGUCGGAUGCGUCAGGUGUCCCUUUGAGCGAAAUGAAAGCGAAAUGACAAACCCGUAG